AUUCAGUCAGUGGCCAACUAACCGAUCGACAGAAUAUUAGUGUCGUUAAAUUUCAUAAAAAGUUCAAUAAACUUACGUAAAAGUGAUACCACUAUAAACGUUAAUUUUACAUAACUUUUGCAUGUUUUAGUGUUGAAAAGUAUUAUAACCUCAAAACUUUUUGAUGAUUUAAAAAAGUUUUAAUACCUAGCCUAUAGUACAAUUUAUUUGAAAAAAGCGUGCGAAGUGUGCAAUUUAUACAGCCAAGAAAUAAUUCUACAGUAGACAUGGAUGAACAGAUACAAAAAGAAAAAGGGAAUGCGAGCAGACAAAUUUUAACAGCUUUAUUGGCGACGAUUCCAACCUUCACGUAUGGAAUCCAGAUCGGUUGGUUAUCACCGAUGGGGCCUUUACUUAAAUCAGCGUCGUCACCAGCCACAGAGCCGAUAGAUAACGCCCACAUCUCGUGGAUGGCGACAGCGUUGCCUCUGUCAGCGAUAUGUGGCAUCCCUUUCUUCAGCUACAGCUCAGACAGAUUCGGAAGAAAGAUCUGCGUGAUGGCCGUCUCUUUUUUAUCCGCUAUAUCAUGGACGCUCAAAUUAUCGUCAGUAAAUGUGCCUUCACUAAUCAUAGCCAGAGUAAUAGCCGGGCUAGCGUCAGGAGGGUGCUUCGUUGUCGUCCCAGUGUACAUCAAGGAAAUAUCCGACGACUCUUGGCGAGGUGCUUUGGGCUCGUUGACAAUGACAGUGUGCAAAUUGGGUGUCAUUUUUGUGUACGCUAUGGGCAUGUUAGCUUCCUACACUGUGAACCAAGCGGUGUAUUUGACGUUAGCAUGUGCCCAUGUAGUCGUGUUCUACUUUAUGCCGGAGUCACCUAAUUAUCUGCUGAAGAUUGGAAAAGAGGGCAGAGCAGCUAAGGCUAUCAGCUGGUUACGCAGUACUAAGCAACGCAGCAAAAUAGUAAUUAAUGAAUUAAGCAAACUUCGGGAGGAACAACGGCUAAUCGACGCAUCUCCUGGGGUCACACUGCGAAGCAUUGUGAAUGACAAGGCAACGUUUUCCGCUCUCCGCAUGACCUUGAUGUUGAUGGCAAUGCAGACAUUAUCUGGCUGUUUCGCUCUCAUGAACUAUGCAGCUGACGUGUUCACUCGCGCGGGCAGCGAAUGGAGUCCGAAUACCCUGGCGCUUUUGAUGGGCUCCUUACAACUGGCAGGAUCUUUCUUCACUACAAUGUCCAUUGAGAAAUGCGGAAGGAAGAUACCGUUAGCGUGCAGUUCGAUGGUAGUGUCGCUGUGUAUGGCGACGCUGGCCACCACUUUCCUGGUGGACACCAGUGACGUCACGUGGUUGCCAGCGGUGGCUGUGUGCGUGUGCUUCCUGACUUACGGGGUGGGGCUGGCACCGGUGCCUAUGGUCAUCAUGGCUGAGGUCUUCACAUUCCAGAUGCGCGCGCGCAUGGCGGGCGCAUCGAUGGCGUUCUCCUUCUUCUGCAGCGGUAUGACGGUACUCUUCUACACGCCCAUAGCGGACCAAUUCGGAGCGCACGUCGUGUUCUACAUUUUCUCUGCAGUUACACUAUUCGGGGUCUUAUACACUAUUCUUUGGGUGCCGGAGACGAAAGGCAAAAGUUUGAGAGAGAUACAGAGCUUCUGGAAAGAACCAGAUCCAGUCCAUGUAUGAGAAGACUUAAAAGAUCAACGAAAAUAAAUUCUUUACGAGAUU